UUUAUAAAAAUGUCUUCUGAUGAUCCGCCAGGAGAUCCAAUAGAUUCUGAACGUGGAGAUACUCCAUUAGUUCCUUUAAGUGAAUAUGAAGAACAAGUUUUGGGAAAUAAUCGAUCGCCAAGUAGGGAAAGCGAUGAUUUAAAUGGUUUAAGUGUUGGGUAUCCCGCUUCGGAGAGUGGAGUUUCUGCAAUUAGUGCAUCAACAAUUGCAACUCCAAAUAAGUCGGCUAGGAAACGAGCAGAUUUGGUAACAACAACUCAACAUAGACAAGAUAGAACUAUUUCUAUUGCUGCUGAUGAUGAUAUAUUAAAUGAAAGCAUUGAUCAAACAAACAAAGAAAAUAUUGAAGACAGACCAAAUGCUCGUUUAUACAUUUGGGGAACUCGUGUAUGUGUGAUGGAAAUGCAAGAGGAAUUUCGUAAUUUUAUAACCAAUUUUACUACUCAACAACUUGACGAUGAUGAAAAUGCUGUGGAGAUGGAAAGUGGAAAUGUUGCACCUGUUGAUUCAACUUUGCCUUAUUAUAUGGAAAAACUUAAAGGAAUUUUUGCUAGUGAAAUUCCAAUUUUAAAUCUUAAUUUGGCUCAUGUUCGUCAAUUUAAUGAGCAUCUUUAUAAAAUUAUUAUUUCAUAUCCUGAUGAAGUUCUAACCUAUUUGGAUGCCACAAUUGAUGAAAUUUUUGAAAUGACUUACAACAAGAAAUUGCCUUCAAUUAUUGAGAUCCGUCCUUACAAUGCUGAACAGACAAAAACUAUGCGUGAUUUGAACCCUCAAGAUGUCGGCCAAUUAGUUACAAUUUGUGGAAUGGUCACACGAAUUUCACCAAUUAUUCCUGAAAUGAAAACCGGUUAUUUUCAAUGUGCUCUUUGUAAUGCUCCGGUCAUAAGCGAAGUUGAUUGUGGACGUAUUGAAGAACCAGUUAAGUGUAGUAAUUGUCAUGAUGCUUAUAGCUUCCAAUUAAUUCAUAAUCGGUCAUUUUUUAUUGACAAACAAGUUGUUAAACUUCAAGAAAUUCCAGGAGAUAUGCCAGCCGGUCAAACUCAACAUUCUGUUACUCUUUUUGUUCACGGCUCUCUUGUCGAAAGUGUUCAUCCCGGCGAUCGCUGUUCUGUAACUGGAAUAUAUAGAGCUACUCCAAUUCGUGUUAAUCCAUUGCAACGAACAGUUCAUUCAAUUUAUCGAACGAGCAUUGAUGUUAUUCAUUUUCGAAAACUUAGUCAAGACAGACUACAUGAGCCAACUGAUGGAUAA